AUGGGAAAGGGAACCGACAAGCUUUACAUUACCCACUCGGAGUGGUCAUCGGCCGACUCGUUUGGAAACGCGCGCGGCGCGAACAGCGCAAGUCGAGCGUCUGCUGCCGGCCUAUCUUCCACAUUCAAGCGCCUUCCGUUCAACUACUGCGCCGUCUCGCUCCAGCCCUUUACUGACCCCGUCUGUACUUCAUCGGGUACGAUCUUCGACCUCACACACAUCCUCACCUGGUUGUCGAAACACCCCAACACGAACCCCAUCGACGGAUCGCCUUUGAAGCGCGCUGAUCUUAUUACACUGCACUUUACGAAAAACGAAGAUGGCGAAUACGUAGACCCGGUCACAUACAAGGUCUUGACAGACAACACGCACGUUGUUGCGCUGAAGAAGAGCGGUAAUGUGUUUGCUUGGGAUACUGUGGAGCGGUUGAACAUCAAGGCAAAGAACUGGCGGGACCUAGUCAGCGACGAAGAUUUCACACGCAAGGACAUCAUCACACUACAGGACCCACAGAGCAUUGAGUCAAGAGAUUUUAGCUCAUACAAACAUGUCAAGGAUGGAGAUACGGUAGUGGCAGAGAAUGAGAGCAGCGUGAACAGGGAUGCAUUAGGCAAUGCAGCAAAGAUCCUUAAGGCAAAAGAAGCCGUUGCGAAAGCGCGCGAGAACAGGAAGAUCAAGGAGCAAGGCGGAACAACAUCCAAGGCUAUUGCCAACCUCCCACGAAAUGGCUCGGCGGCCGCGAGCAGCGCAGAGCCCAAAAAGCCAGCCUACAACGCUGCAGUAUACACUUCUGGUAAAGCUGCAGCAUCCUUUACAUCCACCGGCGUCACACCGCACACGUCAGGCGAGCGCGCUCUUCUCUCCGACGAAGAUUACAUGCUCAAGCCGAAGCGUGUAAAACAAAAAGGCUAUGCGCGGAUAUCGACUACUCUGGGUGAGCUGAAUAUCGAGCUCUUGCCAGAGUUUGCUCCACGCGCAGUAUGGAACUUUGUCAAGCUGGCGCAGAAGGGGUAUUACAACCAUACCAUUUUCCACCGAAAUAUCAAGGGCUUCAUGAUACAGGGUGGAGAUCCUACAGGUACAGGAAGAGGUGGACAGAGUGUAUGGGGUAAGCCGUUUGAAGAUGAGUUUGAGGGACCCGAAAGGCAUAGCACCAGAGGCGUGCUAAGCAUGGCAAACAAGGGCAAAAACACAAACACAAGCCAGUUCUUCAUCACCUAUCGAGCAGUCCCGCAUCUCGAUCGGAAACACACCAUCUUUGCGCGUGUAGUCGGAGGACUGGACACGACACUACGAUCCAUGGAAACCGCCGAAGUAGGCGAAAAAGAUAAGCCUGUGGACGACAUUGAAAUACUAGACGUAGUCGUCUUCGUCGACCCCUUUGAAGAGUGGCAAAAAGAGCGCAAAGACAAGGAAAACAAGGAACUCGAGGCCGAGGAAAUCAAACGGCAAGGCGGUACCGUCGACGACAAGACUACUUGGACCGGUAAGCGCAUACGCGCAGACGGCACUGUAGAUAACGCCAGCAGUCAUGGUAUGGGCGUAGGCAAGUACCUCCAAGCAGCAAAACAAGAAAGGCAGAACCAAGACGAAGACGAGAUUAUAGGCUUCGUAGAUGAAGAGGAGGACGCAGCGCCUGUCAAGAAGAAAGCCAAGACUGGUUUUGGCAACUUUGACGCCUGGUAA